AAACAAAAGGCGCGAAGCUUGUGAGGGGAAAAAAAGAAUCGUUGUAACUUGUAAGUUGUGUAGAAUUCUCUCCAGCUAGCCAGUUCUGAACAGGUGGCCCACCACUCAUCUUACGCCGCCGCAUCCACCACCUCUAUUUCCCGGUUAUUCAAAUAUCAGACACAUAAAUCCCAGAAUUAUGAGCAAAGGAGGACCAUCUCUCUUCCGAGACAUCGGUAAAAGAGCAAGAGAUGUUCUGUACAAGGAUUACUGCUGUGAUAUGAAUUUCAGUGUCACUACUCAGACUCAGGAUGGACUUGCCCUUACUUCAAGUACUCUACAAAAGGAAGGUCACUCAGUUGGUGAUCUGGCUGCACAAUUCAAAUACCAGAAUGCGAUCAUUGAUGUCAAAGUUGAUACACAGUCAACUAUAGCUACAACCCUUACUUUGAAUGAUAUUAUGCCAUCUCUUAAGUCUAUAGCUUCAAUUAAGCUACCUGACUACAACUCUGCAAAGCUUGAGCUUCAGUACUUCCAUAAACUUGCAGCACUUAGUUCAGUUGUUUCCUUCAACAAGUCCCCUGUUUUCGGUUUUUCAGCCACCUGUGGCACUUCAAGCACUGUGAUUGGUGCAGAGGCAGGUUAUGAUUCUUCUAUUUCUGAUUUUACGAAGUACGAUGUUGGCAUAAGCAUGACAAAACCAGGUUCCUGUACAUCUGUUAUCUUGGCUGAAAAGGGUGACCUACUUAGGGCGUCAUAUGUAUGGUACCUUGAUCAAGGGAAAACCACUACAGUAGUUGAGUUUAAAAACAGGUUUUCUGAAGAAGGAAAUACUUUAACUGUUGGAGGAUCAUAUGCUGUUGAUGAAUUAACUCUAAUCAAGCUGAAGCUUAAUAACCAGGGGAGCUUCGGAGCACUUCUGCAACACGAGUUCAACCCUAAGUCAGUACUGACAAUGGCAGCUGAGAUUGAUUACAAUUCUAUCGACACAAAUCCAAAACUUGGCAUAUCACUUGCACUGAAACCGUGAGUAGCAUCCAAUCAUCUGUUGGUCUGUUUGAUGGAAAUGUAUGUAUUUUUUGUACGCCAUAGUAUGCUACACAGAAUCUCCAUUAAUUGUAUUCUUUUUAUAUUGCUUCAAACUCUGUUGUUUCAAAUCAUAUGUUUAAUUGUGUUAUUUUU